AUGACUCACCAUUGCACCAAGUUCUCUGGCCAUUGGAAGAUCAUCAUAUACGAUGAGGAGUGCUUCCAGGGUCGGCGCCAUGAGUUCACAUCUGAGUGUUGCAACGUGAUGGAGUUUGGCUUUGAGACUGUCCGCUCUCUGAGAGUAGAAAGUGGAGCGUGGGUGGGCUAUGAACACGCCUCUUACCAGGGCCAGCAGUUUGUGCUGGAACGUGGAGAGUACCCUCAAUGUGAUGCCUUUGGGGGAAGCAAUGCCUACCACAUUGAGCGGAUGACCUCCUUCAGGCCCAUUGCCUGCGCGAAUCACAGGGAAUGCAGGAUGACCAUCUAUGAGCGUGAAAAUUUCCUGGGCCGUAAGGGAGAGCUCAGUGAUGACUACCCCUCACUGCAGGCCAUGGGAUGGUGCAACAAUGAAGUGGGUUCCCUGCGUGUCCAAUCAGGAGCGUUUGUGUGCUACCAGUACCCUGGUUACCGUGGAUACCAGUACAUCAUGGAGUGUGACCGCCACUGUGGGGAGUACAAACAUUUCAGGGAGUUUGGCUCCCACUCUCAAACCCCUCAGAUCCAGUCCAUCCGCCGUAUUCAGCAGUAA